UAGAAACAGCCCAACCUCCCUUGGCUACUUCCUCUGUAAGACUGAGCCUGCACAGUUUCCUGAUUCUUCCUCCAAAACAGUAAUACGGAAGCAUUAAUUUUUUCUAUUGAAGAAUGUUUCAGGAUGAUGGAUCGUCGUCUAUUACAUCCUCCUCGCCGCAACAGAAUUUCCCGGCGACCUCGAUUUCCCCCGGCGGCUUUGGGUCCUCCUGGCUCGGGGAGCUGAAGCCGGAGGAAAGGGGGCUCUGCUUGAUCCACCUCCUUCUAACGUGCGCGAAUCAGGUCGCCGCCGGCGCGCUGGAGAACGCCAACCAAGUGCUCGACCAAAUCUCCCAGUUAGCCUCCCCUGACGGCGACACCAUGCAGCGCAUCGCCUCCUACUUCGCGGAGGCGCUCGCCGAUAGGAUUCUCCGGACGUGGCCCGGACUUUACAAGGCCCUUCAUUCCACCAGGUUGACCGCUCUUUCCGAUGAUUUGACCGCCAAGAAAACGCUUUUCGAGCUAUUUCCCUUCUUGAAGGUGGCUUUCAUAGUGACUAACCAAGCAAUAAUGGAAGCCAUGGAAGGGGAAAAGCUGGUUCACAUCAUAGACCUGAAUGCUGCUGAGCCAACACAGUGGUUGCAGCUGCUGCAUGACUUGAGCAGCCGCCCGGAAGGGCCACCGCAUCUGCGCAUAACGGGGGUGCACCACCACAGACAAACGCUGGACCAAAUGGCCCGUCUCCUCACGGCCGAGGCAGAGAAGCUCGACAUCCCUUUCCAGUUCACUCCGAUCGUCACAAGGAUCGAAAACCUAGACUUCCAGAAACUCCGUGUCAAAACGGGGGAGGCUCUGGCCAUCACCUCAAGCCUACAGCUACACACUCUCCUUGCGUACAAUGACCAAUUCAGGAAGAGUUCACCGCCAGGGGAUUUCCUCGAGAAUGACUCUGCCUCGAGUAGCAAGAUAAAGGGAUUCCUUAACUCUUUGUGGGCACUCUCCCCGAAAAUCGUGAUGAUAACGGAGCAGGAGAGUAACCACAAUGGGCAAACAUUGACCGAGAGGAUGUCGGAGUCAUUGUAUUACUACGCGGCGUGGUUCGAUUGCCUGGAAUCGACGCUGCCAAGAACAUCAUCGGAGAGAAUGAGGGUGGAGAAAGCGCUUUUAGGGGAGGAGAUCAAGAACAUUGUGGCGUGCGAGGGAGUGGAAAGGAAGGAAAGGCACGAGAGGUUAGAGAAGUGGUUUUGGAGGUUGGGGUCGGCCGGUUUCGGGAAUGUGGGGUUGAGUUACUUCUCAAUGCUGCAAGCAAGAAGGUUGUUGCAGAGUUGCAGGUGUGAUGGGUAUAAUUUGAAGGAAGAGAAUGGGUGUUUGGUGAUAUGCUGGCAAGAUCGAGCCCUCUUCUCUGUAUCUGCUUGGAGGUGCAGGAAAUGAGAUCAUAAUCACUGUUAUUAUUCUUAAUCAAGUAAUUACUAAUUAGUAGCCUGAGAAGAAGUGUUCAUCAGUUUAGACUUGGUUCAUCGGACCAAACCAGUGUCUCUAAUUUUUGGGACUGAUAACAAUGUUUAGUUAUGUGACUUGUGUCUUUUUCCCCAUUUUGUAUUCAUGUAAUGUAACUUCUAAAUAUAUUGGUCCGGGAACCAAGUUUAGGCACCCCCUCUCUCGCUCCAAGCAACCAACUUUUUUGUAGAACAAAAAAACUGAAUAAGAGGUAAUCGGUAAU